UCUGCAUUGUGCGAGCAUAUAUUGAAAGUGAUCGCAACUGGAACAACCAGGGCUGAAGGAGCACUAAGUUACUUAAGUGAGCUAGAGCUUAUUGUCUUUAGUAAACUUUCUUUUGCCCAGACAUUGCUGUAGAAGUGCAUAUAGCUCACUUUGCGUCUGCCACACUCUAAUCCGGAUUCUUUGGGCUAAUAUUGCUAGUGACUGGAGAUGUGUGUUAGUGACUUGGGUUUUCCUGAUCCCUGUAAGGGUCUGCAAAAGAUGCCCUUAAGAUCCCACCCAGUUCCAAGCCAAUUGUGGUUGUGGAUUUUUUAUUUCUUUGAGGGGAAGCAGAAGAGUGGGGUCUCUAUUCAGUCAGUCCCACGGUGGUAUGCUUUAUGAUUAUGCACAGAGGGAGAAUUUCAAUGGCUGCUGGUCCUUUCUCCUGCUGCAAUUGAGACAGUGCUGUGCAUUCCUCCUUUGGUUCUGUUGUUGCUGGAGUUGACCCUCGCUCAGCACGGAACGCCCCGAGCCAGGCAGGAGCCAGGCAUUUUGGAGCACAAGAAUGCGUCUCAUGCAAAAUGUGGAGCUUCGCUCUAAGCUGAGCACCUCUAUUGAAAAAGCCCCUCCACUUGGAUCUGCUCCAGCCUGGAGAAGAAUGAGAGAAGGUUGUUGUCGUCUGUCUGCCAUUCCAUCCCCCACCGCCACCCCAUGGCUGGUUCCAGGAAGGAAGUGUCCCAGUGAAACUAGGACACCUCGUUUCACUCUGAACACACACACACUCAAACUGUGUGUUUCUUUUUAUGAGAGGGGAAGUGGGUGGCCAAGUCUUUAAAAACCCCUUUCACUAGCUGUUGCAGCCAUGGUUCAGAACCCUUCGUAAAGGGGGCUCCCCUCAGAGCUCAGUGUGUUUCCUCUACCAAGCCUUGAUCCAUGCUUCUUUGAAGUGGAUCUUUAUCCAGCCUUCUUAUAGAUAGAUUAACAGCAGUGAUGCAUACACCUGUUCUGGGAUGGUCUCCACACACCCAAAGCCUGAAAACUCUUGGCAACAAGGAGGUACUGAGAAUGCAGGUCCGUGGACUCUAUUUGCUUUUGGUUCUGAUCCUUCUGGCUGCAUCCUCUGAGGCUGGCAAGAAUAAGAAAGAAAAGGUGAAGAAAAAUGGCUCUGAUUGUGAGGAAUGGCGCUGGGGUCCCUGCAUCCCUAACAGCAAAGACUGUGGUGUUGGCUUCCGCGAGGGAACUUGCAAUGAAGAGACCAAGAAACUCAAGUGCAAGAUCCCCUGCAACUGGAAGAAGGAAUUUGGAGCUGAUUGCAAGUAUAAGUUUGAGAGCUGGGGUGGUUGUGACUCGGCAACAGGUCUGAAGUCCCGUUCGGGCACUCUGAAGAAGGCCCUCUACAAUGCCGAGUGCCAGGAAACUAUACAAGUGACCAAGCCCUGCUCUCCUAAGGCCAAGUCAAAAUCCAAAGCAGCCAGAAAAGGAAAGGGGAAGGACUAGAACGAUGGAUGCAGCCCCACUGUCUUCAGGGCAUGGUGCCUGAACCCUCUUGGACACACACCACUUGGAGCUCCAGCGUGGUCCCUCCCAGCUUGACAGCCCUUUUGCCACAUCCCACCCCUCUUCUGCCUCCACAACCUUGCCCUUCACUGACAUACCGUUUCUAAUCACUAGUUUCCUAGGGAGCAAGCCCACCCUGUCGUGAAGAAAGCGCCCUUUGCCUUCCCUGUAACGCCUCCUUUUUAACCAUGCUUUCCCUCCUCCCGAUCUGUGCAUCUCGGUGCUCUUUGCUCUGGUUUGUUUCCCCGGAAUUCCGCAUGAUGCGUUUUGAGAUGGGGCUGGGCUCUGCUAAGUUGUGGAUAGAGUUCUUCACCUUUGGGCUCCUUGGCUGAAGCCAUAUGGCCCUUUGGCGCAUCUCUCUCUCUCUCUCUCUCUCUCUCUCUCUCUCUCUCUCUCUCUCUCUCUCUCUCUCUCUCUCUCUCUCUCUUGCAAGCUUAGCAGCGAGGCCUGUGGUUUCCUAGUCCCCCAUGCAACUCCACAUAGGCAAAACUUCAAAUCAAGCUAGCCAAGGAAACUGACUUGGAGAGUGUAAUGGAGGGGAGGGGAAAGGGGGGAGUUAAUGAGGAGGGGAGGGCCCCAUGCCUGCCAUACAUUCCUCAUAAGGCGACUGUGUGCAGUAGGACUUACUUUGGUGUCGCUUUGAGCCCUUCAGACUCACAAGGGGCUAAAUCCGUGCCUGCUGCCCGGGGUGCUGUGUGUGAAUGUCUGUUUUUGCCUCCAGUAUAUAUAUCUCCAGUACAGGCUUGUUCAUAAGCAGACCAUCUGGAAGGUGUAUGUGUGUGUUUUCCAUGAGCUGUGUUUGCCCUUUGGUCAACAAACCACCUUUUGCCUUUCCUUCGCCACCCAAAAAUCUCCCUAGAGAGCAUUGUCUUUUAUCUUUUUCAGUCACGAUGUCCUCAUUCCUUCUGUCCCUUCUUGUCUCUAUAUUUGCUGAGACACUGUGGCCUUGUCCUCCUUUUACUGGUGCUGGGUAAGCCCUCUUUGCUUUUUACAAUGCCCCCCUCUUUUCCAAUAAAAGUCUUUUUACAAAAAAAAGGAAAGUCCUCUUUUUUGCGGGGUGGCGGUGGUGGUUUAGGCCGCAUUUCUAUGUCAAAGGGCUGCAAGCCCAUGUGCUAGAGAAGUACUGGCUGUGUAGGAGGAUCGCAGCUAGCCAGGCCGCGCUGGGCCCAGUGCCACCGUGGGAAGGAGCACAACAACACUCUGAGCUGUCACUGGAGGAUGGCCGCCACUUCGAGCUUGACAACGCUCAGUAGGCCAGGAAAAAUUUGACAGACAUUGACUGGAGGGCUGGGGUAAGGAGCUUGCUGUCCAUUCAGAUUUCCCUGUUGUGUGUGUGGUUUUUUUUUUAGGCCGAUGGAGUGAAACAAACUUGACGUUGGGGAUAUUUAAAACAACCGCUUUGGGCAAGGUGAGAAUAAAUACAGGGUUUCUCUGCCAAGGAGAACUCGAGUGAUAUGGCGUUGAGCUCCAGAUACCUGUCAGCUUUCCAGAGCCAAAUGGUCUGUCACAGCAAAAGUCUCUGUUGAGUUGCCUGCCUCUCGGCUGGUAAAAAAAGGGCUCGAACUAAGACCAAGGACAGUUAAACAAAGCAGGAUGAGGGCCUUUCCUCUUAGACUGGAUUGUAGGUGUUCUGGAGUGUGAAUUUCCCCUGCAGUAGGAGGGGUGGUCCACAGGUUCUCCUGCUGUUGUUUCCUCCAAGGCCAUACACACCCUCCUUGGCCCUUCUGCCUUAUUGCACCCCCAUUUUCUUCACUACUUGGCUCCCCCCCCUUCUUUUUGCCAAUGGGCUCAGCAGCACUGGGCUGAGGAUGGGGGAUCUCAGGGCAGCCUUCUCCCCACCCACCCUCACAUUCGACUGACUGGUGAGAAACUGUCCGAGCAGUGGGGUAGGGCUUCAGAGCAUCUUGCUGUCAAACUGCCCAUGAGAGAUUUGUGUGAAUACGGUGCGGAAAUGGCUUUAACCCUGUCCACUACUGGUAGAACUUUGUCCCUUAAUUGCCCGAACUCUUAUAUGAUUUUUAUCCAGUCCAGCAAUUAAGGGGAGGAAUUCCGCACUGCGCUUGUCUGAUCGUUCUGUCAGCGCAAGCAUUUUGGCUUGCUAGAUGAAACAGUCACUCCUUUCCUCCUGCUGCAUGCUGUUCCCAUCCUCCCCCCCCAAGCCAAUUUCAGGGUAUGGGGCAGCUAAAAGAUUUGGGGGGGAGCCUUGUUGCAUGCAAAACAUAGCCUUUAGACAGGGCUUCCACUGAUGGGACUCAUUCGUUCCAUCCCGCCCUCAGUGUUGAUUCUUGACUGGGCUUCUUAUAGAAGACAAUGCAGUCUUGCCUGUGCCAACUUAGGAAUACCUUGUAGGUAACAAGGGAAGGAAGCAUUCCUAAACUGGAGGAGAGUGGAUUCCUUCAGGCAUUGAUUGUACCUCAAAUGUCCGAGAGGGAAUGUGUGAGCAGGGAGACUAAUGGUAUUUUAUUUUAUUUGUCAGCUAGUAAGUAACUUGUGCACAUAUUUGCAUGGCUGUCACAAUUGGACCCUAAAUCCCACAGCAGAAAUUAACCUUGCAUCUUAAACCAAGCCAAGUGUUACUAGGUGAUUUCUCAUCCCAUCUGCCCUGGACAAGGAAAGCAAUUUAGUGUUGAGUAAAUGGGCACCAAAUGGAGUAAAUGGGAGGGGGGUGAGGUGGUGGGAUGCUUUGUGUUACUAACAUGUACAUAUGUGUAAACAUUUCUAUCUGUUAUUUUGUAGAGAUAAAAACUUCAAUAAAAAUUAAAAAAAAACAGAACAAAAAACAAACAAGUAAUCAACCCAAAAUUUUACCGGUGUGGAGAAAUGUCUUAAGUGUCUUUCACGGAUGAUCACUCACCCAUUCAUUUUAAGAAAUAUAGUUUACAUUUUAUUUCAGAGAGCUGGUGCUUCAUUAUGAAAUGAUUCAUGUGCAGAAGCACUUAACAUAUAUAUUUUUUUAUUUU